GCGCCUAACUGACGCAACUCACAUUACAACUCCGGUAGAACGUGGCCGUCCCGGCCCUUUGCCAUCACAUGGCCACAACAUUGAACCCGAUUGGCUACAUAUGAUUCAGUCAAAAAGUAUAUCAUCCUGGUAUCAACAGUUUGAAUUGGUGCUCUUCGUGAAAACGUAUGCGUUCCAAAUGUAAGGUUAUGUUGACAGUGAUAGAAAGUGAAACAUUAUUCCGGUAAAAUGUCAACAGCCCUUUUAGCCGUCUUCGCCGUUAUUUUAUGUGUACUCUUUCGAGUAUUUAACGUUAAUAGUCAACCUCAGAGACCGUCCAUUUGGUGUUCAGAUCAAGAUUUUCUAGAUAUUAUUCUUAAGAUCUCAUCAUCAAUUUUACAGGAACCAUACAUUCCUACACGACUAUGGGGAUUUAGUGGCCAUAUGCAAACAAUUCUACAUAGUCUUAUUGGGAGGCUGCAUUGUCGUUGGCCGAUAGGAGAAAGAGUUUAUCUUUUACUGCGCGAUGGAACCACUCUUACGUAUGAUGUUUACCAACCCGUGGAAAAUCUAUACGAAGAAUUCUAUGACGCUCCACUUGGUAACACAGCCAUUUCCGGAUUAGGCUCCUUCUUCUUACUGUUAUAUUCCUUGCUUCCCAAAACGACAAAUGUUAAAACAGGGAACAAACCUAUGGCGUCGUUUCUACAAAAACUAACAAAAGAUGAUAUAACCGUGGCCAUUUGUCCUGGAAUUGCAAAUUCUUCAGAAAGUGUCUAUAUUCGCACUUUCGUCCAUUGGGCACAAUAUCAUGGAUACAGAUGUGCCGUUUUAAAUCACGUGGGUGUACUGAAAAGCGUUCCAGUAACAUCGCCUCGAAUUUUUAGUUAUGGAAAUACCAACGAUUAUAAUGAAAUGAUGACUGCUUUAGUAGAGAAAUAUCCAAACACCAAAAUUAUUUGUAUAGGAUUUAGUUUAGGAGGAAAUUUAAUUACCAAAUAUAUGGGAGAAACAGACCGUGUUAGACCCACGCAGAUUAUAGGAGCAAUAUCAGUCUGUCAGGGUUAUUGUGCCUUAGAAGGAACGAAAUGGAUGUUAAAUUGGCAAAAUUUCCGUCGAUUCUAUUUGUACGUGAUGACCGAAAACAUGAAAAAUAUCAUUUUGAAACAUAGGCACGUUUUACUUACGGAAGAAGUAAAAAAUUACCACAAAUUAAAUGAGCACGAAAUAAUAUCAGCCGCCACCUUGCCGGAGUUGGAUGAUGCGUAUACAAGAAAAAUUUCGAAUUUUGAAUCUCUCACAGAACUAUACUCGUGGAGUUCGAGCAUAAAUUAUUUGCAAAACAUCGCUUCGCCUAUGAUUUUCAUCAAUGCGAGAGAUGAUCCUAUUGUUCCAGAGCCACUGUUAGAGCCCAUCAAAAAUUUUGUGUCGGAACGACCAGAAACGUUAUAUCUAGAAGUAGCACACGGAGGACAUCUAGGAUUUUACGAAGGUGGUCUCAUUUAUCCUAAUCCUGUGACUUGGCUGGAUAGGGCACUAGUUGCUCUGAUGGGAGGUCUUGUGUUUAAACAUAAUCUGUCACUUAAAAAAACAGCGCAAACAUUUUAAUCCUCACAGUUGGGUUCGCUGUAACUGUAGAAAUAUUGAUGAGUUGUCGCUGUUUUGUAUGAUUAUAUGCUGCGUUCUAACUAAAUUACACAGAGUUGCGGUUUUUUGCAAGAAUUUGUUGUAUGAUCGUAUUAAAAGUUCGUUAAUUAUGUAAAUAAUUUGGGUACUUUAUUUUUAAAAAUGGCUUAUUAGCAAGUUUAUCAAAAUUUCACCUUGGCUUAAAUUGCAAAACAACUUAACUUAUUAAUGGUAUUAAUAUGUGGAGAAAUUAAAAAAUAUUCUAAACAAUGGUUAAUUUAGUUACAGAAAAAAUUCCUCGCUAUUCAUGGAAUCAUAAAUUUUGACAGUAUCUGCUAUCAUAUCAUUCACUAAUUGAAUAGCACAGUAUAGGUACAUUAGCACGUGUAGGGUGCCAAUAUGAUCUUAUGAAUUAUAAAAAUUAUAUUUUGGAUACAAUGUAAACUACUCAAUCUACAACUGUGACAAUAAUGUAAUAGUGCAAAACAAGCACAAACUUCAACUAAUAAUGGUGCUGUCGAAAAAAUUGGGUAUUUUCAUGAAAGAAAAUGAAUUAUAUUUUGGAAGAAAAAAUAAUAUGCAGGGCGAUCUUACCCAUUUAAUGUUCCUGUGGGGUGAAUGUGCAAAAUAUGACUUAGUAGAGUAUCCAAAAAGUGUGCGUUAUAACUGUUUUAAAAUGUUUGUUUAACAUAUACGAAGCCUAAAGGAUUUAUUCCUGAAAAGUAGCGUAAAGUUAUAAGUAAAAAAAAUUUUUUUUUUAGAAGAACUCAUAAUAGCUUACAUGCUUCGUACAAUUAUUUUUGUUAUUUUUUUUAGUAAUUUCGUGUAGUAAUACAAAACAUAACUUUAUAAGUAAUCUUAUGUAAAUGUUAUACUUUUUUAGUUUUAAUAAAUUAGGGUACCAUAAACCCACCUUUUAGAUAACUUUUGGAUGCUACACAACUCUCUAGUCACUAGUGAGUCAUUUAAAGUUAUUAAACUCUAGUGUUUAUAUUUUUUGCUGAAAUAUUAUCUGGAAAGCUCACUAGCUUACAAAAUACUACAAACGUUGAGGAAAAAGAGCAAGUUGUUUCAGUGUCGUUUUGCUUUAAAAAUGUUAAAUGAAAGUUUGGUGGGCAUUGAAGUACUCAAAUUUUUUACAGUUUACAAUCACACUAGAAAAAUUCGAAAAUUUGUGAUUAGCUAUAAUCAUAUUGUUCACAAUGUGAUAUUUUGCCAAUAGAAACUAUAAUGUUUGAUAUGAAAUAUUUACUACUUUAUAAACGUUUUCUAUAAGACACACCGGUCUGUAUAACAAUUAUAAAACAUUGUUGCAAUUUUGUAUUUUUAAGUAUAAGUAGGUAAAUGACUUGUAACAUGUUUUGUUCAUAUUUAAUUAAUUAGUAGUUGCUUAUUGUUAAUAGCCGAAUGAUUGAAGAAGGGACGAUUCGUGUUGGUAAGUGUACAUUAAAGAUGCAGGGUAUGGUAUUGAUUUUGAAGUGCAAUGCCAAGUAUUAUAUUAUUUUUUUAAAAUAUUUAUUGUUACUUGUUAAUUCACCUUUCUCUGAAGCUUUUGAUUAUACAUACUUACUUUGUGAUACUAGUGUAAUCGGCAUAUUAUAAUUUUUUUCAAAUGGGAAUUUACAAUAAAGCACUAUAAAAAUUU